AUGCUUGCGACCUCAACGGGCCAUACCAACAUCAGCCAUGCCAAGAACGAAAAGCUCAGCUAUGGCAGCGGUCCGUUAGAUCUGACCGUCAACACCGCUCCCAAUGAGAUGGACUUUGUCUUUUCCGACGCAAAGGGAAAGCUGACGGGCCACUCCUGGCGGUCGAUCGGAUACGUCGGGGACCAGACCACGGAAAAAUCCCGCUGGGACGAUGGCAUUUUCUUCGAGCGACAGGGAUACAUGCUCGCCGCUCUGGACAUCGGCGUCGGCGAGAAGCUGUAUGGUCUCGGCGAGCGGUUCGGCCCCUUCGUCAAGAACGGCCAGACCGUCGAUAUCUGGAACGAGGACGGCGGGACGUCCUCGGAGCUGGCAUACAAGAACAUCCCCUUCUUCGUCAGCUCCAAGGGGUACGGGGUUUUCGUCAACAACCCAGGCAAGGUCAGUCUGGAGCUGCAGUCGGAGCGGACCACCCGGGUGAAUAUCUCGAUUGCCGGCGAGGAAUUGGAGUAUUUCGUCGUCUAUGGCAAGACGCCCAAGGAGAUCCUGCGCAGAUACACGGCUUUGACGGGCCGGCCCAGCCUGGUCCCUGCGUGGAGUUACAAUCUGUGGCUUACGACGAGUUUCACAACGAACUACGACGAGCAAACUGUCACCGGCUUCCUCGACGGUUUCCGGGAUCGCGAUCUCCCUCUCGGCGUCUUCCACUUCGAUUGCUUCUGGAUGAAGUCGUACCAGUGGUGCGAUUUCGAGUUCGAUUCGGAGAUGUUCCCGGAUGCGACGGGGUAUAUGAAACGCCUGAAAGAGCGCGGGCUCAAGAUCAGCGUGUGGAUCAACCCGUACGUCGGCCAGGCUUCUCCGUUGUUUGAAGAGGGCAAGAAGAACGGUUACUUCAUCAAGCGCACCGACGGCUCCGUCUGGCAGUGGGACUACUGGCAGGCCGGCAUGGCCGUGGUCGACUUCACAAACCCCGAGGCCAGCGCCUGGUACUCGGCACACCUCCGCCGUCUGAUGGACAUGGGCGUCGACACCUUCAAAACCGACUUCGCCGAGCGCAUCCCCUACAGGAACGUCCAGUACCACGACGGGUCCGACCCGACGCGCAUGCACAACUACUACGCCCUCCUUUACAACCGCAUCGUCUACGAAACCAUGAUCUCGCGCUACGGCGAGUCGCAGAGCCUGCUCUUCGCGCGCAGCACCGCCCCCGGCGGACAGGCCUUCCCCGUGCACUGGGGCGGCGACUGCGAGAGCACCUACGAAGCGAUGGCCGAGUCGCUGCGCGGCGGGCUCAGCCUCAUGCUCUCGGGGUACAUCUUCUGGGCGUCCGACAUCGGCGGCUUCGAAGGCACGCCGCCGCCCGCCCUCUACAAGCGCUGGGUGCAGUUUGGCCUGCUCUCCUCGCACUCGCGCCUGCACGGGUCGUCUUCGUUCCGCGUGCCCUGGAUCUACGGCGAGGACUGCUGCGAUGUGCUCCGCGACUGCGUCAAGCGCAAGAUCGUCCUCACCCCGUACCUCCUGCUGGAGGCCCUGGUCGGCCACCGCGAUGGCACCCCGCUCAUGCGCCCCAUGUUCCUCGAGUUCCCGGACGACCUGACCACGUACCCGCUCGACACGCAGUACAUGUUCGGCAGCAAUCUGCUCGUCGCGCCGGUGUUCGCGGAGGACGGUGAGGUCACGUUUUAUGUGCCGCGCACCCCGGAGGACGCGAACGGCCGCUGGAUCUCGUGGUUCGACCACGCAAAGACGAUGAUGCGCUUGAUGGGCUCGAGAUGCUGGUGA